AUGGUAGGGAAAAGGGAAGUGAAAUCUUCUCCGCAUUCAUGGAAUAAGGGUAAGAAGACGAAGAUGGAGAAGGAUGCCCAUGUGAGGAUCGUGCAUCGUUGUGAUACAAAAUACAUUGUUGAAGUAAACAAUGUACUCAAAGCAACCCACCGUAAGCGGAUUGAAGGAACACCAUUUAGAUGGUGUUUGUCUCUGGACAAGGUGUUGGAAAUAAAUUGCCCUUUGAUUAGGGAAGUUUUGAAUCGGUGGGUUGUAGAUGGGGAAUUCAUUCGUGUUGGCCCGCACUUAGUUCGCUUAUCAAUAUAUGAUGUUUGUAUAUGCUUAGGUCUUACUAUGGUUGGUAAAUCUGUUCCAUUUGAUAGUGAAGUUAGUGGGUUAGUAGGUUCACUUUUUGAGAACAAACCUAUUUCGGUCCGAGAUAUAAGUAAGAAGAUUAAGAACUAUGUUAGUAGUGAUGAUGAUGAUGAUGUACAAAGUGUUUGUAGGUUGUACUUGUUACUUUGUUUCUCUGUCUUUUAUUUUCCUAGGACUUCUAGGACCGUGAACAAUAUGCCUUUCAAAAUCUUAGACAAUCUAGACAACCUUAGUGACUUUAAUUGGGCCGAUUCUGUUCAUACCUUUUUGAUUGGUGGUAUGAAUCGUGGACGUAAGGUUCUACUAGAAAACCAAAAUUCAAGUAGCCUUAACAUAGCCGGUUGUGUUGCAGUUAUACAGAUUUGGGCUGCCCGUCGACUUGGGUUAGAAGAUGUACAAACUGAAAAUCAAUUCCCAAGAAUUUUGCACUGGCCAUUGGUGAAGAUUAGGACAGUUAACAUUGAGUCCCUUUUUGAAAAGAAUAAAGUUGUUUUUGAUUGGUCUCUAAGUGAUGAAGACAAUAACAACCCAAUUGUUCAAACUGCACUUAGUGUUUUGCAUGAAGGCACUGCAAAAGACGACGACAACGAAUUUCGUGGUCGUUCUAAAGCUGAAGUGGAAUUGGAAGAGAAAAUACAAAAGCAUGAAAUGCUAAUUAAGGAGAUGAAGGCAGAAUUGAAAAAGAUGCGUUCUGAAUACCUUGGAAGGACUGCAGCUGACACCUGUGAUGGUGAAGCAAAUGUGUUAAAUGAAGAUCAUUGUCCUCCAUUUGAGCAGAAGAAGACUGGACCUCAGGAUUGUGUUGUUGAAGCUAAUGUUUUGAAUUCAGUUCAUGGUUCUCCACAACAGCAGGAAGAGUGUAACAAAGUUGAGGUUUCCCCUUCACCGCAAAAAGAGUGUGACCAAUCAAGGAUUGAUAUGGGUAAAUUGUACAAGGAUGUGACCGCUCAUGGAAGUUGUAGCAUUGUUUACGCUGAAGUGAAAGGGCAAUUAUUAAGAAGCAAUGAGUGCCAUGGCUUUCGUCCUCGGGGUUGGAUUGAUAACAUGUCUGUUUUGUUUGCUGCAAGUUACUUCAUGUAUAAAGAGAAAAGUCAGACUGAGAGAGUAAAUAGAGUUAUUUUCAGCCCUUUGUAUACAAAUACGGUGAUCAUCGAAUGUAACAAGAGAAAGAUUAAUAGACGUGUCUGGCGUGUGGACGACUAUAGGCAUUACCUUCCGCCUGAUUUGUGUUCUAUUCAAGAAAUUUUAAGAGCUGAUCUGAUGCAGAAUGUGGAGAACCUUUUUUGGCUUCUGAUGAAUGAUAAGAACCAAAUGAAACCAACAUUUGAACUAGUCAUUGACGACCUUCCUCAUCAACCAAAUUUGCAUGACUGUGGCAUUUUGGUCUUAAAGUAUCUUCAGAUGUGGGAUGGACUUAAAAGAUUUGAUGGAAAAAACAUGCCUUCAUACUCUUGUGAGGAGCUGCAACAUUUGAGACAACAUUACAUUUGUGAAUGGUUGCUUGACCCAAAAAAUUUGCAUAGAGAGACUGUUCUUCAAAGAUUUCAACCAUACAUUAGGAAUUAG